AACUAAAGUGAAAUUGUGCACUAUUUUUUCAAAAACAUUACUUAUUUUGUGUUGGUGUAAGUGUUUAUAAAACAAAAUUGUUUUUUAAUAUUUUGGAUUAAUCUCAUUUUAAACGCAUUUUAAGAUUUUGUGAGCUCAAACACAAAAGCUUAAAUCCAAAACGUUAUCCACUACAUGGUCUAGAAAACAAUAAAAAAGCAGCACUUGGACGUUGUUGUGUUAAACUUGAACUUUUAUUUUGUUUAACAGCAAAACGAAAAAAAAUUAAACUAAAAAAACAGUGUGAGAGCAUAAAAUCAAUGUGUAGCUUUAAUAAUAUAUCCGGCUAUUAAAUAUUGACAUCCCGAAACACGUAACUUUAAAAGAGGACGCACACACAACAUGGCGGCCACCGUGUCAACCAAAAUUUCACACACUGCCCUACCAGUCCAAAUAUCAACACAAUCACAACAACAACAUCCACAACCUUCACCCACUCUCUCAAAACGUGGACAUAUACGAUCGGCUUCACUAGAGAAUGCCAACUCACUAGUAUCGAAAAACACAUUGGGACUGCCACAAGUGCAGGCUGGCAAUACCGGCACACUAAAGUCACGAAAUGAACAGAAACGUAUGCGCAACAAAUUCGGUAGUCACAGUAAUUUGGAAGAUUUUGUGCAGCACGGCCGCAACAAAUUCAAUAACAUUAGACAAAUGUUUGAAUUGACAAAGUCGAGUGCAAAAGCUAAUAGUUUCAACAGCAGCACAGCCACCAUAGAUAAUUCUAGCGAACAUCAAAUGCAAUCAUUGCCACCAAUGAUGACACAAUCAUUAACAUCGGCCACAAUGAAAUACACACAGCAGCCCAUGCAGGCUCAAGGUCAGAAAAGAACGGCUGCCUAUCAACAACAACAACAACAACAACAACAGCAAACGCUUGUGACAAGAAAACCAUGUGCAACAGCAUCAACAACACCAACAACAGUACAGGCACCAACACCAACUUCUAUAAACGGAUGCGGAAGUGGUGGUAGUCGUUGUAGUAUAACGGAACUUAAUGAACGUUUAAAUAUAACGGAGUGUUUAGAAGCGAAUAGUAACAACAGUAAUAUUAAUAACAACAACCAUCAUAAUAUUAAUAACAAUAGCAAUCAAAUGCGUUUACAACAUCAUCAGCAGCAGCAGCAACAGCAGCUGCAGCAACAACAGCAACGUUUACAAACCCAUACAGCUUUAGUGCAUAAUACUAAUCAACAACAUCAGCCGCAGCAGCAUCAUCAACAACAACAUCAGCUGCAGCAGCAACAACACCAACAUCAACCGCGCAGUGCAAGUGAUUUGUCUCAUAUUCAACCGAUUGAAGAAAAUCAUGAACAACAGACGACAACACAAGCACCAGCAACAACAACUACAAAUCUUUUACGCCCGAUUGCUUUUAAGCCGAUCCCUUUUGAACCGGACUACACUCUGCCCCAGCGUUACUGUGAUGUCGUUACUUCUGCUCAGGCUCAAUCAGCUGCACACACAACAAACCCACAUAAUGUGGGCGAUCGUUAUGGUUCGACACCUUCAUUGGCUGCAGCACCAGGUUCUAACAUGAGAUUUGGCAGCACGACCGAUUUGAGGCACGGAGGAGGUAUUGGAAUUAUUGGUGGCGGAUGCGGCAAUGGCGGAGUUGGUGUUGGAGUCGGUGGUAUGGCAGGUGUUGGUGGUGGCAGUGGCUGUAUUGGAGGUUUUGUUGGUGGUUAUUCAAGCAAUAAUUAUUGCAACAGCCUUAUGGCACGUCGACGUGGUUCCAGAUCGUUGAAGAUCAACGAUAGUAUGGAAUCAAUUCGACACACACCGGAUUCAGAUGUUAAUAGCCAAAGUGGUACUAUCAAAUCCAAUGGUAGCAAUUGCAGCAGCAGCGUUAAUACUAUGAUGAGUAACAGCAUUACAAUGGGCAGCUCAAGUAUGACGUCCAGCAAAUACUGUUUAUCAAAUGAUCAAUGCGAUAUGACACCAUCACCCUCCGAUUCGGGCAUUUCGGAGCUGGAGGCAGCCCUCAAAGAUAGAGAUUCGGAAUUGUCUUAUUUGAGACAGACCAUGGAACACAAUGAGAAAGACAAGGAAACCUAUUGGGAAGGUGAAACGAAACGCUUGAAAUUAUACUUUGAGGCCCAGCAGCGUGAAUACAUGCUGAAAAUCAAGAAAAUGGAACAAAUGCUGGCCAUGCAACAAUUCCAAUUCAAACAGCACAAAUUGCGUUACAAUGAACAGACUCAAAAGUUACGCGAGCAAUUAGCUGAACUGAAAAAUGAAUAUGAAAUUUUAAAAACCAACAACAUCAGUAUAAAGAAUUCAGAAAGGAAUUUAAAGGAUCGUUCUGCCUACGUAGAAGAACAACUAGAAGAAAGUCAAAAUACCAUAAGUAGACUUAAAGCUCAACUGGAAGAGAGUGAGUGGAAAGUAUGCGAGAGAAAUGGAGAAUUAGCUUUACUCAAAACUCAACUUAAAGAGGCAACUAACGAAUUGACUCUUAAGGAACAUGCCAUAGUGCAUUUAAAACACGAAAAUACCAAUGCUGAAACACAAAUUUACCAAAGUCUACAAGAGAAUCAUAAAAUGACCCAACAACACCGGCAGGAGGAACAGCAAAAGGCCCGAACUCAAAAGGAAACCGAAACCGAGCUGAAACAACUGAACAAAAUUGUCAUACUGAAGGAUCAGGUGAUCUUGGCCCUGACCAAUGAGCUGGCUAAAUUACGCAAAGAAUUGUCCGAUCUGGCCAUAUUUCAUGAAUACGGCGAAGAACCUUCGGGCAAAUACACUAGACUGAAACAGCAAUUGGACAAUUUAACCGAUAUCUGUAAUAAGACACGCAAACACACCCAGCAACGUAUUGAAAAUCACAAAAGUGGUGAAAAACAAGACAAUGAAAAAGUGAUUGAUGACUGUAAUCUGGAAGUGAUAAUGAAUUGCUUGAAAAUUGCUCCACCCAUGAUGGAGGUAAACAAUGGGGCCCAUCUGGAUUAUCAAGAACGCGAGGAACUCGAAUUGAAUAAACUAAAUGCUGAAAAACGUUUAGCCAAAAUGUCUAAGGACAUAGAGAAUUUUGUCUAUGGCUCACAAAAUCUGCCCGAUGUGGCCAUUAAUAUCAAGGCCCUCAACAAAUUGCCUUCUAGUAAAUUAGAGGAAAGCACUUUGGACACCUUAAUCGAAGAAUCGGCCAGUUAUGCUGAAGAAAUUGCCAAACUACGCAAACAACUGGAUGAUGUAAGGGUAAAUUUUGAAUUGGAAAAACGCCAGUGGUCGGACGAAAAGGAAAAGGUACUCAAGUAUCAAAAACAAUUACAGACUCAUUAUAUAAAUAUGUAUCAAAAGUUGCGUAAUUUAGAAAAAUCCAAUGAAGUUUGAACGGUAAUGAGACGAAAGAAAAACUCCAGCUGAUUUAAUUUAUAUAAUUACAAUAAUAUUUUAUGUAUGUUAUCUUUAUAGUAUAAUAUGAAUGUAUUUUUCAAUACUUUCAUUGUUAAGUUUUUCAUUUAUAUAUUUUUUUUUUAUUAUUUUAAUGCCCUUUUAAAAUAACAAUAACAAAAUUAUUUAUAUUUAUUUACUUACUACAUUUACAUACAUAUUUCUGCAUAUUUCUUAUAUUGUGUUAUAAUACAAACUAUAAAGAAAUAUGAAUAUAUACAUACAUAUUUAUUACAAUCCAAUUCAAAUGUAUUCCAAAUAUUUAUAUACUUAUUCAACUUUUAAAAUGUAUUAAAGUUUUUUCUUACAUUUAAGUUGUAUUUCCAAGAGGUUUGUUUUAAUAAAGAAAAUCAAACUAAAUUAUGAAAAUAUUAAAGUUUAAAAAGAAAAGAA